GUACAGGCUGCUUACUCUUUGGCAGAACUUUUGCUACACGCACACAGAUGUCAGCAGAGUUUCUCAAUCUGUCACUUUGCUAGGUGGAGCGCGUUUGAUGAGCGAAGGGAGGAAGAUUGGAUACAGCUACCAUGACUUUCUGACAACUCCUGUGCGAGCCGACGUCCGAUGAACACUUCACCCGUAAACGUGUUGUUCUCACCUUUCAACCGUUUUACCUGUUAGCUCUCAGUCUUUUGGUUAUUUGACAACUGUGGAACAACACCCAUGCGCCUGUGUCAGAAGUUAACAUGCUAACAACUGUUAGCUGUUGCUACUUCACGUAGCUAUGUUUUCUGUGCCACACUUGAAACUGCCAGCGGUGAUUUGACUGUACAGGCACAAGUUUUCUUUUUAGCUACAAAGUUAGUUUUAUACCAGUUUUCCGUUCUUGUAAAAAAAACGAAGCAAUCAAUCAGUGAGAAAUGGGACUACACCCGCUGGAAUUCAGUGAAUGCUAUCUGGACAGCCCGAGCUUCAGGGAGAAAAUAAAGGCUCAUGAAGCAGAACUGGACAGAACUAACAGGUUUAUCAAAGAACUGUACAAAGAUGGGAAAAACCUCAUCAAUGCAACAAAGCAGCUUGGGAUGGCACAGAGAAAGUUCGCUCAGUGCCUGGGAGAGUUUCAGUUUGAGUACAUUGGUGAUGCGAAGACAGAUGAUGAGAAAUGUAUCGAUGAAUCUUUGCAGGAGUUCUCCUCAUUCCUCAAAAACCUCGAAGACCAAAGAGAACUGAUGAUGAGAAAUAUCACAGAAACCUUAAUGAAACCCCUGGAGAAGUUCAGGAAAGACCACCUUGGUACAGUAAGGGCGGAAAGAAAGAAGUACGAGAAAGAAACGGAGAAGUAUUACAGCUCUCUGGAGAAGCUUCUGAAUAUGUCGGCAAAAAAGAAAGAGCCACAGCUACAAGAGGCAGACUACCAGGUGGAAACCAUGAGGCAGCACUUUCAGGAGGAGUCACUGGACUAUGUGUGCAAGCUGCAGGAGAUCCAAGAGAGAAAGAAGUUUGAGUGCGUGGAGCCGAUGCUGGCCUUCUUUCAGACUGUCUUCACCUUUUAUCACCAAGGCUUCGAGCUCGCCAAGGACUUUGACCAUUAUAAAAGAGCGCUGCAGAUCAAUAUUCAGAAUACAAGGAGUCGAUUUGAGGGUGCGCGGUCAGAGGUGUUUGAGCUGAUGAAGAGGAUCAGGGAGGCACCUCAGGAAUACAGACAGACCAGCCCUAUCAGUUGUGAAGGCUACCUCUAUGUACAGGAAAAACGGCCACCUCCCUUUGGUUCAAGUUGGGUCAAGCGCUACUGCACAUUUGUCAAAGAGCAAAAGAUCCUGCACAUGGUGACCUUCGACCACAGAUCUGGUGGCAAGAUUGGUGAGACAGAGUCUGUCACGCUCAAAUCCUGUCUACGCAAAACAACAGACACAGUGGACAGGAGGUUCUGCUUAGAGCUCGACAUAACAGAUCGGCCAGGCACGGUGCUAACAGUACAGACUCUGUCAGAGGAUGACCACAAGUUUUGGAUGCAGGCCAUGGGUGGGAAGGAACCUAUUGGACACUACCUUGGAAGGACUUAUUCUAAAGAAAGAGGAAUUGAUGCCCAGUUGGACGAUGUGGGUUUGACUUUUAUGAAGAACUCCAUCAGCGCCAUAGAGACGAGAGGUAUUAAUGACCAAGGCCUGUACAGAGUUGUUGGUGUAAGCUCCAAGGUCCAGAAGCUCCUCUCAUUAAUGAUUGAUGAGAAGAGCAACGAAGUGGAUCUGUCUACCAGCGAGGACUGGGACGUUAAGACAUUAACAAGUGCACUGAAGCUUUAUCUGAGGAGUCUUCCUGAGCCGUUGAUGACCUAUGGACUUUACAAAGAGUUUAUUAGUCCUGCAAAGGGCGGUAGUCCAGAGUCUCGCAUCCAAGCCAUCCACUGCCUGGUCCACAAACUACCGGAGAGGAAUCGACAAGUCCUCGGGCUGCUUAUGAAGCAUCUGGCCAAUGUUGCAGCUCACAGUAAACAGAAUCUGAUGACCGUGGCCAACCUGGGCGUGGUGUUUGGCCCCACAUUAAUGAGACCACAGGAGGAGACUGUCGCUGCCAUCAUGGAUCUCAAGUUCCAGAACAUCGUUGUGGAGAUCCUCAUUGAACACCAUGAAAAGAUCUUUGCAGAUGCUCCGGAGUCAUGCCCUCUUUCACCUGCUGCCCCAGUAUUCUCUGCUCCCACAAGGCAGUCCAAGAAGCUGAGUCGACAGAAUCGGCCCCUGGCUGUCUACAAUCCACAAGCCCUAGACAUUCAGAAUGUGCCAGCAGUGGCAGAUAGUUCCAGCCUAGCUACAGAUGAGACAUCAAUGGGCAGCAAUGAGUCGGUAUCGUCCCAGUCAUCGUCCGCUUCAACCUCAGAGACGCCUACAGAGAAGAGUGACCACAUCCCACUGAGCGCCAGCCUCAGCUCAGGCAGCAACUCCAGGGCCCCCGCAGCAGGAGCCUCCUGGUCCUCCACUGGAGCCUCAGGAGAGAGCCCGCCUGCUUCCACCACAGCUGCCUCUGAAAAAGAAAAACCAGAGGAGAGUGUCACCAGCAGGAAAGCCAUGGCAGUGUACCCAUGUGAGGCUGAGCACGACUCUGAGCUCUCCUUCCAGGUCGGCGCAAUAUUCAACGCCGUGACCCAGUCGAGGGAGCCAGGCUGGCUGGAGGGCGAGCUGGAGGGAAAGAGGGGCCUCAUCCCUGAAAACUAUGUGGAGAUGCUGUAGCCCCGAAUGGAAAUAUUUAUGGACAAGUUAUCACCUCCACUGGGAAAAAAACCCUCUACAUUCACUAUAGAGCUGUGUUUAUCCAAGUCCCUGAAUUCUACCAAGCAAGCAAGUGACAAUAUGUUAUUACUGGUGGACCAUUUCUUGAUACACAAGUAUAUGCAUCUUUGCUGGCAAGUAUACUUUUGGAAGCAUGUUUGUGUUUGAAUUAAUUUUGUUUGAGUAUCCACAUGCAUUUUUUUAGCAAUGCAAUUACAAAAAUGGGUUUUGCACUUACGAUAUUUUGCUGUAUAAGAAGAUGCUGUAGCCUCUAAACAUCCAGGUAACUGUGUAGCAGCAGCAGAGAGGGAGGCCCUGCUCUCUCCCCCAGUUAUACAUGGUAUCCAUGAGCUCCCAACAAUGAUCCUCAGAAACUGUAUGUAAGAAUAGCAGCACUCGAGUCACUGUAAUCAGUUUUUGUUGAGACUUUUUGGUGCCGAAUCCAGCAGCUUUAGACCCUUUUUGACAAUGAUGCACAGUUUGUUUUCAGCUUUUAAAAGAUCAGAGUUACUCUACUUACCGUGCCUUAACCAUCAGAACAGCCAGUGUAAAUGUAUGUAUGUAUGAAAAUGAAUUGGAGUGUUACUGCUUUCACUUUUAAAAAUGUUGCAUUUUUUUCUGUCAUUUUAAGAAUAUUUUGGGAUAUUCAGAAUGAGGCACAUCGCUAUUGUAAUUUUAUUUUAUUUAAUUGGCACAUUGAUUGCAUGACUUUUGAAUUUUAAAUACACUCUGUACUGUUUUGUUCUUGGUGCACUCCUUUACAGAAACACAGUGAAGCGCCUCGUUGAUGCCCGAUAGCCUCUUGUGUUGAACACUAGCGUCAGACAGAGUCAGCAGAUUUAAACAGGUAGUAAUAAUUGAAGCAAUGUGUUUUUCCUAUCAAAUGAUCCGUUUUGUUUGUUUUUAAAGUUUAUUUUUAACGUUGCUCAGACUCUUCUCUGAGCAGAGAAAUGAGACACUCCCACAAAGUUGAAAUUUGAGUUUAGCGUUGUUUUAUCUUCAACGUCAGUGGAAUAUGUAAUUAGAAAUCAAAGUUUUAUUACCAGUGACGCCACAAAAUGCAGUAUUUCAAAGUUUUACAUCCGUUCAGUGUAUAUAACCUAAAUAUUCAAAGAGUUUAUGACCGCCAAGUAUGUUUUACAAGUCUUCGUUCAGUGAUUGACAGGUUCUCACAUCGAUUGGUUUCAGCAUGUAGUCCUAUUACGUGUCAUCCCUCAGCUGUUCAACAUGACACUUUAAUUUCACUGAGAGCUUUGGUUCAGCAGACUGUUUUCAGUUGCAAUAAUUUAAGACAUUGAUUGAUGCCGUUUGUAAAGGGCCUUGACUUCUUUCAUUUUUAUACCUUUGGGUAUUCUCUUGAUCAAUGUUAAACAAAUAAAGAUUUUUUUUUGUUCUUUACUGUAUUGUAUUAUGUAUUCUUGCCGUAUGGAAAUAAAUGUGAUACAUGAUAAUUUAAAAUUAAA